AUGUCAUCGAAUGCGCAAGUCGCUACAGAUCAGGCGACAUCGUCCGGCUUGGUCUCGCGCUUCUAUGCUGAAUCGAGCGACGUACCUCUUGAGGAGAUACUACACUACGCCAAGCUGCAGCGCCAGAGGGAGCGCAGUGGCAACGACAUCGAGCGAGACCAGCAGAACCCUUGCAGCAAAAUUGCGGACAGGCUGAUCUGUAGACCGAUGCAAAGUCACACAGGGCAGACGUCGGCCAGCACGCAGGAAUCGGCCAAGUCAGCGGAUACAAGUCUGAGAGCAACAGCAGACUCAGCAGCGCGCGUCGCAAGCUGGCAGUCGGUCCUCUGGCUCAUCUGCACCGAUAUCAUCGGCCCCUCAUCUGCACCCUACUCGGUUUCCGUUCUCGGUUCAACUGGUGGCGCAGCUGCCUUUGUCGGCUUCGGCAUAGCCUCCUUCUACUCGGGCAUGCUUGUCUGGCUGCUCUUCCUCAAGCUCGACAGCGCCGAAUAUCCCAUUCGAGCCUUUGGUGAUCUCUUUGGACGCAUCCUAGGUCGGCGUGCACGCAGUGUGUCGAAUAUCUUGCAGAGUUUGCAACUCGUCGCAAAUGUGGGGAUCAUCCUACUGUCGUCCGGCAUGGCAUUCAGCCAGAUCACCAAGUUUAGACUCUGUUUUGUCAUCUGCACGCUCAUCUGGCUCUUUGUCGGCAUCUCGGUCGCUCAGAUCAGGACUCUGCGCAGGUUUGCGUGGCUCGCCUCGGCCGCAAUCUGGCUCAACGUGCUCGCACUCCUCUUCACCAUGAUCGCCAUGUCUGACGGCGAGGUCAACUUUGGAGCCAAUUCGACCAAGAUGUCAUCCGAUGGAUCAUGGCCUCACAAGACCGUCCUCGCUAUCGUUCCCGCGCCUUUUCAGGAAAAGCUCUCUGCGUUGCUCAACCUUAUCUACGCCUAUGGGGGUUGCAUUGUCUACUGCGAAUUCCUCUCGGAGAUGCGCAAGCCCAUGUCAUUCAUCAAAUCACUCAUCCUUGCACAAGCUUUCAUCGCGGUUGUGUACGUCGUCUUCGGUGAAGUUGUCUACGCAAAGCAAGGCCAGUAUGUCGUCAAUCCCGCCAACAUGGGCAUCGCGAAUUAUGCCUGGCAGACCGUCACAAAUGUCAUCAGCUUGAUCAGUGGCGUCAUCGCUGCUUGUCUCUACGGCAACAUCGGCGUCAAAUUGAUCUAUCAUAACAUCCUCGAAACGAUGCUCGCAUUCCCCAGUCCCUCUACAUCUCGCGGCAAGCUGCUUUGGGCGCCUGCCGUUGUGAGCUACUGGCUCUUGGCUUUCGUCAUUGCAGUGAGUGUUCCCGCCUUUUCAGCGCUGACUGCCGUUGUGGCAGCUUUUGCCAUCUUCCAGUUCUCUUACCUCUUUCCCAAUCUGCUCUACUUGGCCUACAACAUCAAUUGUGGCGCGAUGCUUGCCGACGAUCCGUGGACGCCAGGAGGCGGCGUCAAGCGUGUUGACACGUUCAGAAACUUCUCUCGAUGGAAGCGUGGCUUCCUGCAGCAGCCCAUCAUCAAUACUAUCAAUCUGAUCUGGAUCAUUCUUGCCGCGGCUACGAUGUUCUUAUCCAUCUAUGCAUCGAUCAUAGCUCUCAAGGAUGCAUUGGGCAACAAAGCGGCCAGUUCCUGGUCAUGCUGUUCUCCCGUCGAUCCCGUUGGCUGCUCAUAG